AGCACUAGUCUCGGCGAUGUGUGAGGCGACGCUGGCUGUGGAGAUUGGGCUCGACGGGACGGCCCUCGACGUGGGAAGAGUGGGGUUGUGGUCACGAGGGAUCUGCCGCGGGGGGCAUCAGAUGAAGGAACGAAGGACGAACUCGCUGUAGCCGUCGAUUCAGGGCUCGCGAUCAUGGAAGUCAAGCGGAAAAUGGCGUUGGAGCUAAACGACGUGGUGAUCAAGAGCAUGGGCAUGGGCGCUGUUUUCAAGGAUUAUGGAGCGAAGAUAAAUUCACUCGAUUUUCAUCGAACCGAAGACCUUCUUGUCACUGCCUCCGACGAUGAGUCCAUACGUCUUUAUGAUUUCGCAAAUGCCACGUUGCUGAAAACAAUUCACAGUAAGAAGUACGGAGUUGACCAAAUUUGCUUCACUCAUCAUACAAACUCCGUAAUAUAUUCUUCUAAGAAAGAUUCGGAUGAGUCUCUACGAUAUUUAUCGUUAUACGACAAUCGAUAUUUGCGCUAUUUCAAAGGGCAUCGCGACAGGGUGGUGUCAUUAUGCAUGUCACCAAAGAACGACUGCUUCAUGUCUGGUGCACUGGACCACACCGUACGUUUGUGGGAUCUACGCACCAAUGUGUGUCAGGGACUAUUGCGUGUGAGGGGUAGACCCGCUGUUGCGUAUGAUCAGCAGGGUCUUGUAUUUGCUGUGGCUAUGGAAGGUGGAGCUAUUAAGCUCUUUGACGUACGCUCCUAUGACAAGGGGCCUUUCGAUACAUUUUUGGUAGGAGGUGAUACAGCUGAAGUGUCUGGGAUGAAAUUUAGCAAUGAUGGCAAGCUUAUGCUACUGUCAACAUCAAACGGUCACGUAUAUGUGGUUGAUGCGUACAGUGGGAAAAAGCUUCAUGGCUUUUCUUUGGAACCCAAUCCUGAUGGCGGAGUAUUGGAGGCUUCAUUCAGUCCCGACGCACAGUUUGUAAUUGCAGGUUCGGGUGAUGGCACUUUGCGAACAUGGAGUACGCUGUCUGGUGUGGAGGUUUCGUGCUGGGCAAAUAAUGCAGGAGUGCCUGCGUGUGUGAAGUGGGCACCUCGCCGAUUUAUGUUUGCUACAGCUUCAAUGGCAUUAGCUUUCUGGAUUCCUGAUCUAACGAAACUUCAGAGAACAGAUAUCGGUCUUUGAAAAAGACGCAUGCUACCACAACCUUUGCAUAUAUGUAUUACAGGGCGCUCCCUUUUUUUUGAUAUUUAUUGAAGGAGAUUUACAGCAUGGCGGUUUCGUACCAUGUCGAAAGUACGAGAAGAAAACACCUUUGCAUGUAAGCUGGAAAAUGGUAACGUAGCUCCAACGUAGCACUCUAGAAAAGUACUAAAGCUUGAAGCCGAUGUUACUGUGUCCAUUCAUGCUUCAUUUUAAGCACUGGUAGCUGACUUGAUCUCGAGGAUAAGUGCUAUCCUAAUGUCGCAGCCAUUCACUCUUACAGUGUACGAUGUUGCGGUGCUUGUGUUCAGAUGCUUUCAAUGGUAGAAUUUUUUAAUUGCAUGCUCAUUUUCGCAUC